AUGUCAGAAGAAAGGGCAGGUAACAAAUUAAUUCCAGGAAUGAAAGGGGGAAACGAUCCUUAUGAUAGAGCUCACAACAGCAACUCUUAAUAAAACAGAUAUGCCAGCUAAGAACAUAGUGGAUUGGCUGCUUUAAGUAUAUAUCAAGGAGGAUUCUCUCAAACUCUCUCAGCAAACACCUUGAGAAACAGUCAUUCACAGUGGUCUUUCCCUAAAUAAGAUCGUUUCAAUAAAAUCAGGAUAGAUAAUAACGCUAAGUUCCUAUGUCUGCCAGGAACACUUGAUCCAGCGAAAUCAUCAGGAUUCGGAUUCGGAAAUAAAAAUGGUUUAUAGAUCAUAUCUGGAAGAGACUCUCCCCCUCCUAAUUCAUAUAAACUAAGAGGAUAAUUCGAAAAAUUAAAGCCAAAUCAAGGUAAAAGUUUUGGCAUGCCACAUGCAGUUUAUGCUAAGGUUUAUAUACCUGCUAACAAAUACGGUUAAUCAAUGAUAGAGGCUCCUGGACCAGGUACCUAUGAAUAAAAAGGAUUAGUUGGAGUAAAUGCUAAGAAAUUCACUUUAAAGAGCAGAGUUAAACCAGCUGAUAGUGCAACUAGAGAUAACCCUCCUCCAAAUACAUACCACUUAAACUAUAAUCUCUCUGAAUUACACAAGUUUUCAGCUAUUACUUUCGGGUUCGGCAACAGAUGUAAUGACACUCCUGGCCCUGGGACAUACAAGAUAGCUUCAGUCUUUGACAAAUUUAAAAGACUCCCAGCUAAAUAAUACUAUAGCUUUAAAGAAAACGGUGGACUCUCACCUAAGAUGGGUCAGAAAAGGAGCAAAAGUGGAGAUGGUCUGCCAAAUGACUUAGACACUCUAGAUGAAAAUAAUGACCUUUGA